UGGUCUCGUGACGUAACGGACGUUCUGACAACAUUGCCCGUGCGUGCGCGUUUAUGUGCCUGUGUGCACGCGCGUGUGCUGCUCAGGAUUACACCCGAGAUAUCGGAACCCAAAAACUGAAUUCGUCUCGGAUGCGUGUCGUAAAACACGCACACCCAUAAGCAAUGAACGCCGUGACCGCCGCCACCUGCCUGCUCGUCGCCGCCUUCGGCUGCUAUCUGUACGGCAGCGAUGUCUUCUCAUCGCUGCUCCGUGUCUCUCUUGCAGACCCCUCCAUGCCCGAGCCGGGAGCUGCUGCGCGGCGCAGCCCGCAGGGAGUACCCUACGCCGACCUGCCGCACAUCGUCAACGCCGACGGGCUGCACCUGUUCUGCCGCUACUGGGAGCCCGCCGGCCCGCCAAGGGCUCUGGUGUUUAUCGUCCACGGGGCCGGGGAGCACUGUGGGCCGUAUGACGAAAUCGCUCAGAAGCUGAAGGGACUUUCCCUGCUUGUGUUCGCACACGACCACGUUGGCCAUGGUCAGAGUGAAGGAGACCGGAUGAACGUCAAAGACUUCCAGUUUUUCAUCAGAGACUCCCUGCAGCACGUUGACCUGAUGAAGUCGCGCCACCCAGGCCUGCCCGUCUUCAUCCUGGGCCACUCCAUGGGGGGUGCGAUCUCCAUCCUGACGGCCUGUGAGAGGCCCGGUGACUUUGCCGGAGUGGUUCUGAUAGCUCCGAUGGUCCAAAUGAACCCAAACUCGGCCACGCCGUUCAAGAUUUUUCUAGCGAAGGUCCUUAACCACAUGGUGCCGAGCUUCACUCUUGGCUCCAUCGAAUCCAAAUGGGUCUCACGGGACCCGAAGCAGGUGGAGUUGUAUGACACUGAUGAGCUGACCUACCACGGUGGCCUGCGGGUGUCGUUCUGCAUGCAGCUAAUGGGGGCGGCGGCACGUAUUGAGAGGGAGAUCCCAACCAUCGGCUGGCCCUUCCUGCUCCUGCACGGCGACGAUGACAAGCUCUGCGAUAUCAAAGGCUCCAAGAUGAUGUACGAGAAAGCUUCUGCCGCAGACAAGAAGUUGAAGGUCUACGAGGGAGCCUACCACUGCCUUCACCACGACCUCCCAGAGGUGGUCGAGUCCGUGCUGAAGGAAGUGAGCAGCUGGAUCACAGAGCGCCUCCCCGCGACGACAUCACCCGAGCCAAAAAGCUCCUAGACUCAUGACUGACAAACCGAUCAGCGCUCCAAGGGAACUGACAACCUCGUCCCAAGAGGCCGGAUCACUUUCUCGUCAGGCAAAACAAUACUACUACGACACUCUGGUCUGGUUAAUACAUUUGGGCAUAUUUAGUUUAUUUUCUCUGUACAAAAAGCGUACUGACUUCCUCUGGCCACAAUUUGAACAAAACUAAAUAUACCAACCUCAAACCAAGUUACUCUGAUUUAAAUUGGAUGAUGGGGUCAGAAACCACUUCUUAUUGGAGGUCAGUUUCCCUGCAAAGCAUUUGAUCAGGGAUGUGUCACUAUGUAUUUCAGACGGCAUGCUUAUUUGGCACAUUGUGAUCAUCUCUACUGGACCUCAGCGGGUGCAGCUAAGUUCAUUACAGUUUAAGCCACAGUGUGCUGCGGUUCAAAGAAAGGAAGUUGCCUCCACAUUCCUGCACACAACAUUUCUUAGGAGGUAAUGACAAACCUGAUGUAGUACAUAAGCAUUAGUAUCUAUACAGGCACAUUUGCUUUUUGUUCAGCCACCCUGAUGAGACGGGUCAUAGGUCAGGAGGAGGCCAGCUGCUGUAGUUCAGAGCAUGGUGUAAGGGCUCAAGAGUGUGGACCUCACUUAGCUUUACUGUCUUCACUGUGUCUGCAGUGCAUGAGUAACAUAACAUCAGUGGAUAUAAUACAGAUUUGAGAGAGACGGUCUUUGUGAGCAUCUUUUGACACUCAUAUAGUAACUUGUGAACUGACGGUGUGUAUGUCACAAAUCCUUUCCUGACUCAGUUCUUACAGUGAGCCUUAAUAGUUUACGGACAUGACGAGGAUGUAGAAGAACAAGAGAAAGCUGCUCUCUCUCUCUCUCUCUCUCUCUCUCUCUCUCUCUCUCUCUCUCGCUCACUCGCUUGCUCUCUGCCAAUUGGAAUUAGAGGGAGAAUGCAAAAUGUAAAAGCCCCUCCACUUCUCCCUGUGACCUUUGACCUUUAAGGUCACAGUUGAUUUUACUUUUAGGUUCAUUCUCUGCAGCAUUAACUUCAUUAAGCUCAGACUACAGAAAAGGAGCCAGCUGGAAAUCAAAGGGGACCCAUUGCUCUGUGAGUGUGGACAAAAGACUAGAUCUCCUCUGUUCAGCAGCAUCUGUCAUUUGAUUGUCAUUGACACUUUUAUUAAAAUCACCUUUAAGUAACAUGGAUGUAUGCAUUUUCAGAACAAUGCAGCAGUCAUAGGGGAUAGGAUGUUCUUUAGAAUAGAUACCAGUGAGUGAGAAUUUGGUCAGACCCCCGGAUGCUUAGACUGGGUAUAAGCAUCUGUUGGCUGCAUCCUCCUCGCUGCAUCCUGUGCUUAGUGCCACCCAAAACGAUUGUGAAUCAUUUUUAAAAAAUGCUACCAGCAUGUAGAGCUAGACCUUUCUUUAGUGCCGACAGCAUGGUGGAGAUAGUUCUGUCUCUGGCAAGACGGCUAACAAUUAAGAUUCUGGAUUCAAAAACCCUAUUGAAGAUUGCACCAGAGCAAUCUAGAAAAUAGUCUCCAUACAUGUAUGUUUUCACAUACUUAUCCAAUUUAAAUGAUUUAGCAGCUUUGAGGUAAUUUACUCUUAUUUCAAUAAAAAUCCAUACAUAUGAUGGGUACUUUAUAGACUGUUAGUAUUUGUGAAUUAAAAGGCUUUGAAGCAGCUUCUGUACCCCAAUGUUGAAAACAACAUAUUGAUUUGAUAAUCAAAAUGAUUCGCAACAGGAAUAGUGUGUUGUAGUUUUCUUUUAAAUCGCAGCUUGAGUGGCUAAAGCAGUGGUCAAGCUAAUAUUUUAGUAUAAACCUGCAUUACUUAAAGUACUUAAAUUCAGCCCUGGCUUCAAUAGUUUUUCUUACAAAACCAGAGCAAUAAUGUCACAGUAGCCUAUAAUUUUGGAAGCUGUUAAUUAUAAUAUAGACAGAUACACACUGCGCUCACCAUUUUACCUUGUCAAGUAAACUGUUAUUAACAGGCAUUGCUACGCUUGUAAAGAUCUUUCCACCUAUUCAUCAAGCUCAAGAAAGUUUCAGCAGCACGAGUCAUACGUUUUAAAAGGGCACAUGUUCGUCUACCCCCAACAUCAAACACUCUGUUCAGACAUACAACAAGUGUCCGUGUUUGUUGACUUCAGACUUCAUGCAUGUCCGAUUGAAAAAAAGCAUCUUGGAAAGUUCUUGGAAAGAAACUUGACUGUAUCACUGGCUUUUUAGGAGGUUUCUUUUCUGUAUCACACAGAGUUCAAAGGGACUCAUUGAGACAGAGAGAGGGUAGGAGGGGCAUGGUGAAGUAUCCACGGCGACUAUUACUCACAUGUUACCACGGCAGCAGGCCGGUGGUACGGUAGAAUCUUUCUUUCUUCCAUUUUACAUGUGUAGUAACCACGGUGAUCACUACAAGACCGAUAUAAUGAGAUGCAAUUUUGGCUUCAUGCCUGCUCUGUCUUUUUUUUGUUUCUAUUGUGUCACUCCGUCUCUCCCUUUCUUACUUCCCAUCUCACUCUGUGGCACCCAGUUUUUUUUAAGUUGCUGUGGUGACCAGCGCUCUUUGUUCUGUCCAUUACAGAGUCCCUUGUUCUACGGCUUCCUCAAACAUGUUAGUUACUCUGUCAGCCACCCACACUGUCUCUAGUGGUCAAUCGUUGAACAGGGAACCCGUUACUUAACCUGACCCUGACCCUGCUGGGCUUAAUGCGGCAUCAAACUCGCUAAAUGACUUCAAGAAUGAAAAAAUAAUUACGUUUUUGAGUCUGCAUGCCAUAUUGACACUUUCCAGCUCUGAUGUGCUCUGCUAUUUAAUUAGUUAUAUUGUAUUGUCUUUAAUAAAGGCUGCACAGUGGCAUAUGGUAGGGUAGCGCUGCCACCUCACAGAACCAAGGCUGGAACGCCCUUCUGCUUGGAGUUUGCAUGUUCGCCCCGUGUCUGUGUGGGGUUUUCUCUGGGCUCUCCAGCUUCCUCCCUCCUUCCAAAGAGUUCAAAGGGACUCAUGCAGAGAGUGUAUGGAGUGUCUUCAUGGCCUGUGAUAGUCUGGUCAGCGGUCCAGGGUGUACCCUGCCUUCAACCAAUGGCAGCUGAAUAUCGCAACUUGAAUAGAAGUAGCGGAUGUCUCUGGUAUUUGCAAACUGUUUUAUGAUGUUGGUGUUGAAAACCUGGCAUUGCAAUGGAAAACGAGAGAUUAAGCUAUUGAGAUUUGCACGAAAAAUGAGCACAUGGGAGAUAUAUACUGUACAAAGCAAAUUGUUUGAUAGUUUUGGUAAAAUGCAUUGAAAAGAAAUAUAGCAGAGGAUGCUCAACAACAAAAAAAGAGUCAAUGAAAAACAAACAAAUAGAGGGUAUUUCAGAAUGUCAGACCAAAUAUCAGGUUACAUUACCUCGGAAGCAGACAUAGAUGUAAUGUCUUUGCCGGUCCCAGUGGGAGUCAGACCCCUACCCUCAACCUCAUAUCAAAUCACUUCAAACACAAUGUGCUCCUGAUUGAGCUGCAGCCGGCACAGCACACACAAAGGCUGCACGGUCCCCGUUGGAUUCACACUGGUAAUAGCACCCCGGCUGCACAAUGGAUGCAGACACGUCCAGUACAUUUGAAAAACUCUCCCUGUUAGACUACACAAGUGCAUAUUACUGCGAUCGUUAGCUAUGGGGAUGGCGAGGGAUAGAGUGAGCAGCGCUGAAAAAAUCUGUAUUUGUUAAUGGUGCGAGAUGUGAAGCAGAGUGGCCGUGCUUUCAGAGCGGGUUGUCCAUUUGGCUGCUCAGAGGAUCCCCUUUUGUGUGAGCGUGGAGAUAAGAGAGCAAACAAUUACAGUCAUCAGCUCCCAUUGAAUAACAAGAGCUGCACACAGUCACUGAAUUCAAAUCAGGCUCAUCUGCUGUUUUUACUGAAAAUACACUAUUUGCAUUUUUGCAAAGAAUGAAUUACAAAAUGGCCCAAAAUGUUUCUUUUUUUCUCAAAAGGGUUUCUGUGUUUUUGUCCCCAUCUCUCCCCUGUCUUGUUUAAAAAGUGGUGGAAGAAGAACAAUAAGGGAAAUUAGAGAGGAAUCCGACACUUUUUCCAUUUUUUAAAAUGUAUUCCUAUUCAUUCCUUAAAGGUGUUUAAUCACCACCCUCACAGUGUGCAAAGGCUCGCACUGUAAGCCUCCCCAGUCCAUGCCAAUACCCUUUUCUACUGGCGCAUGAAUUGUAUGCAGGUUUGCCAUACUCCGAGAAAGCCAUGCACAGAUACGUUGCUCUGUUAAUAUGUAAUAAUCCAAUCGACUGUUAAUAUCAUUUUUAUUCAGGACAGGAGAUGUAUUUUAAAAGAAGGAAUCUAAUUUGGCUUCAGCUUUGCUGACAAAGCGAAUUUCAGUUAGCCUGCAGGAUUUGUGUGGUUUUUUUGUUUGUUUUUUAACUAAACUUUAUGACUUUUUCAAGGAAAAUAACUGUUGAAAUAACUGUUAUAUAUAUAUAUAUAAGAUUCCGUGCAGAGUUUGCAUGAAUGAAGUCUCGCGUCAGUUCUCUAGUUGACAACAAGAAUUGAAAAGGUCUUCUCCAAAAUGCUGUAAAUAUGUCAACAUAUACAGAUGAUCUAAGUCAUGGUCAUCAUUCCCUCUCUAUGGAACUUAAGUUACACACUAGUCUUUAAAAACCUUUUAUUGAAAAUGCAGAUGCCAUUUUAAAAUGGUCGAUAUUGCGUUUUGGAACAAAACCCUCAUUCAAGUCUUGCUAAUUUGAUGAACAAGUAAACUACAUAAUAAAUAAUUUGCAGGUGUAUUUGAUUUAUUUCUAGUGGUCGGACUGCUUUAUUACUGAACAUAAUUGUAACACACUGUGCAAUAUAAUACUAUUUCUAACAAUCCUAGAUGGAAGAACACAAAUCAAGCCCCAGAUGUAUUCUACAAAUUCUUUAUUUAUCUUGUCUGGAGUAUUUAUAGAAAUUAAUUUUAUGUAUAGGCUACUAUAUAUUGAUAAUGCAUCAUGACAAGGCACUUUUUAUACCAUAAACCAAUCAUAUUCUGUCAUUUUUACUGUUAAUGCUCAGUUACACGAAGCUCACUUUUAGAGAUGGAAAUUGGUUCAAGGUUGUAUGUAUGUACAGCAAUCCAAAAUAAUGUCUGACUGUUUCUGAUAUGAUUUUGCAUAGAGUAUUUUACUACUGUGUGUUGAAGUCGGCGUUGAAGUCUUUGUGCUGUUUGUCACACAACUAAGAAUGUUGUAACCAUCUGAUUUUAAAAGCGUGUAAUUGCUACAGGUUGGGGAAAUCCGUGAAGUUCUUUCUCAAAUUUUCUUUUUUAGGAACUUAACUUGUUCUUUAAUCCUGAGGUAUCUCCUCUUUUCUUUUUUUUUAACUUAAAAUGAAAUGUACAUGAGUGAGGAACUUAUUGUAGCUCUUUACAGUCAUACAAUUGUGUGUUAAAUCUUUGAUCAAAGACAAUUUGGUCAAAGAGUGUUUGAAGACUAAAUGCCGGUAUCAGGUUUUCUUCCAACAGCAGCAUGUUUCAGCAUUCUACACAAUUAAAAGAUUUUUAUGGGACCAAG